AUGUUGAUGCUUUUAGCAUCAACAAAUAUAUUUGUUAUAGAAGGAAAAAUAAUAGGUGGAGGAAAAGCUCGUCUAAGUCAAACAGAAAUUGAUCAAGAUAGUCGUGAAAAUAUCGGUUCAAAUUCAGACAAAAUGCCGAUGGAUACAAAGCAUGAAGAUCACUCAGUACCAACUACUAAUCAAUUUGAAAUCGGUCGUCAACUUAUACCAACUACUAAUGUAUUAGCUUAUGAAAUCAAACCAUUGACAAUUAUAGAUCAAGAAACAAAACCUACAACAAAAGUAUCUAAAAAAGUUCAACAGAAAUCUGAUGAAGAUGCAAAAGUAAAAUUUGUAACUGUUACAACCACAAAUACAAAGAACAAAAAAUCUCCUAAGGUUAAAUCUCCUCAUAAAAUUGUUCAUUUAUCAAACAACAGUGCUCAUGUUAGUGGUAAAAUUGUGCUCGUCAAACAUCAUGCAUCAGUUCUUGAUACAGUUCAAUAUUAUUUUGAUAGUGUAAAUUUAACAAAUGGUAAUUAUUCAUUAUUAAAAUCACGAGUACCAUUUACUGAAAACUUUAUUGCAAAUCAAAGUCGUGUUACACUUUAUGUUUCAACAUCAAAAACAAUUGAUCGUAAAUUAGCAUUUUCGAAAUUUCAAGUUAAAGUAAAACGUAAUCAAUUUCCACUUACAUUUCAUAUUCAUGUUAAAUUACUAAAUUUAACACAGGAUGAUAUUACAUUAUAUUUUUUUGUUUAUAUAACUAAUGGUGAAAAAGAUACUAAUACAUUUAUUCCAGCUGGUACUAGUCAAAUACAUUUACAAGGAACAAAUCAACUUUUACAAAAACUUGAUAUUUAUGUUAAAGCAAAUGGUACUGAAAUAACUGGUCGAUUUCAUGGUCGUUAUGGUCAACGAUAUAUUCGACCUGGAACAUAUUUUCAAGUUUUUAUUAUUCCUGAACAAAGUUUAGCAUUUCGUUAUAAUCAAACAUUUGAUUCAAUCGCUCAAUUAAAAAUAAAAAAUGUACCUUCUAUGUAUCCAGUACGAUUUUCACUUUUACUUCUUAAUCACUUAUUAAAAUCAGAUAUAAACUAUUAUGCUAUUGCUUAUAUCAUAGAAAAUGGUAUUCAACGUUCAAUCAACCAAAAACCUGUCUUAGUUAUUAAUGAAAAAAAAACUCUUAUUACAUCUCAAGUUGUUUUUAAUGUUAUUCCAUCAUCAUUUAUAUUACGUGGUACAGUUAUACGUUCCAUGCCUGGUUCAUUUAUUCUUCAACCACGUUCAUCACUGAUUUUACGUUUACAUGAAAUUGAUUCUGACUCACAUGAUAUUAUUUUUAAAUUAUCCGAAACAUUAACACUUCCACAAAUCUUUCAAGUUAAUGUCGGUCAAUCAAUUCGAUUUGAUUCAUCAAAAAAUUAUGAUAUAAGUGCAUUAAUAAUCGAUGAAAAAAAUACAACUUAUAUGACUAGUUCACAACCAGUUGCACUUCAUGAUGAUUUUUCAGGAAUAAUUCUACCUGUUGAUGAUCUUUUUUAUUAUGUUCAAGUUCGUCUUCAUUCAUCAACCAAUGAAAAAUUACAUUAUAUUCCAGGAAGUAGAGCUCGAAUAUUUGUUACUGAAAGUCCUGAAAUGUUAACACCACCAAUUGUUGCUAUACAUAUUGAUUCAAUACCGGAAUAUUUUCGUGAAUUUUCAUUUCAAGUACCAGUGACAUCUGUUCAACGUAAUCGUAAUUAUUAUUUAGUCAUGAUAAUUGAUAUGAAUGGGGUAAUUACACAUGUAUCAAAAUCUUUAUUAAUUUCAAAUAAACAACCACCACCACUUAUUAUUCAAUUACCUGUACCAUCACUUAACAUAAUAAGUGGUAUUAUAUUUGAUGUUGAAAAUCGUCCAGCACAAUGGUCAUCAUCAUCAUCUUAUGCUAGUCUUGUUUUACUUGAUGAUACAGUUGAAAAUUCAGAUCAUGCUAUUGUUCAAAUAUGGAAUAUUCGUUUAGAAAAAGAUUUUCCUAUUCGUUUCGAAAUUGAACUUGAUUUUAGUCGUCUUCAUUCAAAUCAUAUUUAUCGUUUACAAGGUCUUAUUAAAAAUGGACAUAAUAUAUUAGAAUAUGAACCAGCUGGUAGUGUACUUGCAUUAAAUCCACAUGGUGGUAUUAUAACUGAUAUUCGUAUUCCAGUACAUAAUAUAAAAAAAAUUCAAUUAAUUGAAGGUCUUAUUUAUAUAAAUGAUAUAAAUGAGCCAUUACCAGAAAAUAGUGAAAUUAUUUUACAACUUAGUUCAUCACCAUCAUUGACACAUCCAAAUAUUAUUAAUGAAACUUCUCUUAAAGUCGAUGGACGAUAUUUACCAAUUAAUUUUACUUUGAAUUUACCAUUGAAUAAGAUUGAUAUAAAUUCAGUUUACUAUUUUCUCGCACGAUAUGUUGUUCAUGGUAGUGUUAUAAUUCCAGCAAGUCAAACAUUUGCUUUUUCAUCACGUAACGAAAAACCUAUUAUUUUAAUAUUAUCUAAAACUCCACAAAGUUCCAUAACUGGUCAAGUUACAUCAACUGAUAGUCCAUUUAUAUUACCAUCUGGUUCAUUAUUACAUUUAUAUAUUACCAAUAAUUCUACUCAUACUAAACAAAAAAUUUACAGUGAAGUAUUUCUUGGAACAUCAUCGAAUAAUCUUUACAGCUUUCGAAUGAAUAUUGAUUCAGAUAUUCUUCAAAAACAAAUUCCACUUUGUCUUCAUGCUGAUAUUCUUUAUGAUGAUAAAGUUAUUAUAAGUAUACCAAAACCAGCUUUACUUCAAAUAACAUCUAGUGGUGAAUGGGAUAUUAAUUUAGUUAUUGAUUUACCCACACUUCUUAUUGGAGAAAUUGUAUCAAGAAAUGAACAAGAAAUAAUCAAUGGUGAACUUGACGUUCAUAUACAAAUUCUUGAACGUAAUACAACAAACAUUGUACAUAAAUCACAAUUACGUCUUGAUACUAAUUUACCACAAAGUUUUCGUAUUGAACUUGAUAAUGAAUUAUUUGUUCGUUAUUCAGCAUUACAAGCACGUGCAAUUAUUAAAAAUUGUAAAGGACAAAUUUUAUUUGAUGCUGGUGGUACUGUUAAGAUUCAUAAAGGUCUUAAUGUUAACAUUGAUUUACCUGUUGUAUUAACUGAUCGUAAAAAGCUUAACGAACUGCAAACUAUUGUUGAUAAUAGUGCUCCAUUACAAAUCGGGAUAUGGCGUUUAUCAGUUACUGGUGUGGUUACUGAUGCUACAAGUGGUGCACUUACAUCUUUAGAAAAAAAUUAUGUUCUUAAAAAAUUAUGA